GCGGAAAAGGCGGAGGAGGCGUGGUGGGGCUGCCGGGCCGGGCCAUGGGGCAGCGCCACGGGGGCUGAGCGGUUUCCAAGAUGCUGCAGGUCCCGCUGCCGCUGGAUCGGGACGGGAUCCUGUUCCGGCUGCGUUUCACCACGCUGGCCCUGGGCACUGUGUUCUGCCCCCUCUUUGGGUUCCUCUUCUGUGUCAUCUGGUCUCUGCUCUUCAACUUCCGUGAGACGACUGCAACCCACUGUGGGGUGCCCAACUACCUGCCGUCCAUCAGCGCGGCCAUCGGGGGCGAGACCCCGCAGCGCUACGUGUGGCGCCUGUGCAUCGGCCUGCACUCAGCACCGCGCCUGCUCGUGGCUGUGGCCUACUGGAACCACUACCAGAGCUGCCACUGCCCCCACCCCCGCUACCUGCGCCUGUGCCACGCCACCCUGCUGCUCAACCUCAUCGAGAACUUCGCCCUCCUCAUCCUCACCUACGUGUCCUCCACCGAAAACUAUGCAAUCCAUGAAAAUGCCUUCAUCGUGUUCAUCACGUCGGCCCUGGGCCACAUGCUGCUCACCUGCAUCCUCUGGAGAAUGACUAAGAAACACACAGUAAGUCCCGAGGAGCGCAAGUCGUACAAGUGGAAGCAGCUGCUCUUCUUCUUCACCUUCAUCACGUUCGCGUUCGCCGUGUGCGUUUACUUCCACCACAACUGGUACUGCGGCCCUGGAGUGUACACUGUCUUCGCCUUCCUGGAGUACCUGGUUGUCCUCUCCAACAUGGCCUUCCACAUGACUGCCUUCUGGGACUUCGGCAACAAGGAGCUGGUGGUGAGCUCCCUGCUGGAGGACAAGCACUUCUAGGCAGCCCGUGCUGGGGCUCCUCUUCCCUGUGCUGCUGGAGGAGGGCUGCCUGUUUGCUGUGGAGCUGCUGCGAGGGUCCGCCGAGGUCCCCGAGUGUCUGUCCCUGCUGCACCUGCAGCUCUGCUCCAGGGGAGCUGGGGGCUCUCCCAGGGACUGACCCCCUGUCCUGGCUCCCUCCGGCUCCAGGAGGGCAGGACAGAGCAGGGACAGGGACCUGCUGCUUUGGAGAAUGCUCCAGGGAGACCAGGAUGCUGCUCCCAGUGUCGGGGCGUGGGGGUCCAGCCCUGCCCUGCCCUUUCUUGGCCUGGGGGGUCUCACAGUUCCUCCUCCAGGCUGGGGGUCUUGGGGCAAGUCCUCAGAAAGGGCUGGUGGCCUUUUGGGCUGGCUUCAGGCGCUGCUCUCUGGCUGGACUGGGGCAGGUCCUGGCCCACGUGUGCCUGAGUGCCCAGGAGGGGAGCAGGAAGGUGCUGGGCCGUGCAGGGACUGCCUGGGGUAGGGUGGGAGCGCACAGGGCACAGCAGGUGCUGGGAGCAUCCAGGUCUCACUCCUGCCUUUCCCAGAGGCCCCCCAGCAGCACAGGCUGUGCCAGGGGUGCUGUGCCCAUUCCA